AUACACCCAACUCCAUGAUCGAACGAGGCCAGGUAGAAGCAGCUAAAGAGAAAUUAAGGAGAAUUCGGGGUGUCAACAACGUGGACGAAGAGUUAAAAGACUUAGUUGCAGCAAGUGAAGCUUCGAAAUUGGUAGAACAUCCAUGGAGAAACUUGUUACAAAGAAAAUACAGGCCUCAUCUCACCAUGGCUAUCAUGAUCCCAUUCUUCCAGCAGCUAACUGGAAUUAAUGUCAUCAUGUUUUAUGCUCCUGUUUUAUUCAACACAAUUGGGUUUGGCAGUGACGCCUCUCUCAUGUCUGCUGUAAUUACCGGAAUUGUAAAUGUCGGUGCAACUUUGGUUUCAAUCUAUGGAGUCGAUAAAUGGGGAAGACGAUUCCUUUUCCUCGAGGGAGGAGUUCAAAUGUUAAUAUGCCAGAUUGUGGUAGCAGCCUCCAUUGGAGCUAAAUUUGGGAUCAAUGGCAACCCUGGAGAUUUACCAAAAUGGUAUGCAAUUGUAGUGGUGCUAUUCAUCUGUAUUUACGUGGCCGGAUUUGCGUGGUCUUGGGGGCCUCUCGGGUGGCUCGUGCCGAGUGAAAUCUUCCCUCUUGAAAUCAGAUCAGCAGCUCAGAGUAUCAAUGUGUCGGUGAAUAUGUUCUUCACAUUUAUAGUGGCACAAAUAUUUUUGACAAUGCUUUGUCAUUUGAAGUUUGGACUGUUCAUUUUCUUUGCCUUCUUUGUGGUUAUCAUGUCAAUCUUCAUCUACUAUUUCUUGCCGGAGACAAAGGGAAUCCCCAUUGAAGAAAUGAGUAAGGUCUGGAAGUCUCACUGGUUCUGGUCCAGGUUUGUGGAAGAUGAUGGUUAUGGCCAUCAUGGAAAUCUUGAGAUGGGAAAAGGCAACCUGGGACCAAAGAAUGUGUGAUUCAUUUUUCUUUUUUUUUUUUUUUGUUUUUUUCUGGGUUUUAAAGAAUCGGAAGCAGUAAAUAGACUUUUUAGUUUGUUUGUAUUACGGAAUUACGAAAAACUCUCGAUAAUACAGAUCAAUUCUAUUCAAUAAUCAUAGUAAGUUAUGUUCU